GAGACCUAUGAGGUGUAUCAGCAGAGUGACCCGCUUGCAAGGUUGUCUUUGGAGCCCAGAAGGAGCGUGGAGCUCAUGGAUGGCAAGUGGUCGCGCCUAGAGAGGCGUGUCCUCACGAUGAUGCUUGGAACUUUGCAGAAGGCUGCGAAGGAUGAUGCAGUGACGCAUCGAAUAUCUUCAGUACCGGCAUUGCUGUUUCGAUUACACGUACUGUAUGCUCCAGGAAGCUCUAGUGAACGAGCAGCCAUCCUACGCCAGCUCGAGGGUACGACUGCUGGUUCCAGUCCUGCAGACACAGUCGCCGCCCUCCGCAAAUGGAGGAGACACCUCCAACGUGCCGAAGAAAUGCGGGUGGCAGUUCCGGAUUCAUCCAUUUUGCUUCGUGGCAUUGAGGCGAUUGCGGGCAAGGCUAUUGAGGCGAACCAAGACGUCAAGUUUCGAUUAGCAUUGUCCCGGAACCAGUUGCAAUUGCAGUACAGGCCAACGUAUGAUGGAGUGCUCAGUUAUUACAAUCAUGUGAUAGCGGAACUACAGCAGGCAACUCCUAUGAGGACCUCUCAGCCAGCCGCCUCUUCUUCGAACGCGACCACCGAAGCAGCCAAGCUCAAGGCCUUGGGCACAACCAGCGCAGGCACUGGAGACACUACAUCCCCCAGGAGAGGAGCCAGUCAGACCUCCGGAAAGGUUCCUUGCCGUUUCUUUGCUGGGGACAACGGGUGUACAAAGGGCAGUUCUUGCAAGUUUGAUCACACGUUUGCAAGCAAGGAGGCCAAGAAGGCGAAGUGCUGGCACUGUGGAGCAAUCCAUCAUACCCAGAAGGAUUGCCCGGUGAAGGCAGGCAAGCUCUCAACCGACUACAUCUACAUCAACCGCGACAUCUGGGCAGCAGCGGGACAGAGUGCGGAGGCGGAGGACAAGAAGACGCAGGAGAUCACGGCUCUUUUGCAAGAGGCAAAUGCGAUGCUUAACAAGCUCACGCGGCUGCAGGCGAUCCAAGUGGCAACAGAUACAAGCUUGCAGGAGUUGUCAACACAGAUGAGGAGCUUAGGAAUUCAAGAUGAAGAGAGGAUGGCCCUUUUGGAUUCCGGUGCUUCACAUCCUUUCCGCGAACGUGAUGAUCAAGAGACAAUGAGGGAAACGCCUGUUAGAGUCGAUUUAGCAGGAGGACAGUCCGUGGUUCUACAGCAGAACCAGGCGGGUACCUUGCUACCAACGACAACUGGAAGAAAUCCUCAGGAUGUUUCUACCAUUCUGCCCCUCGGGGCGUUGGUACAAUCCCUUGGGUGCGAGCUCACUUGGACGCGCAAGGGAGGGUUGAAGAUAGUGCACCCCCAGUUUGGAACUUUGAGGACGGUGGUUCGAGGAAACUGCCCGCUCCUGGGCGAGACGCAGGCCUUAGAGCUGAUUCAUCAAUUGGAGCAGCGGAAACUCCAAGAGUUGAAGAAGGCCACUGCUGAGACCUUCUUGCAGACGAUGUGCCUGUCGGAUGUGAAGGAAUGGGACGAGCUCUUUGCCUUGUAUGUUCAAACAGGUGAACGAUCCUCCUUGCUGCAAGCACUUCAAGCACCAGGGUCCCCCUUACAAUGCCUUGAGAACCAGUUGAUCGCGAUGCUUGCAGUUGACGUUGAGAAGUCCGAGGAAGCGGGCAAGAAGUACCUGAAGGCUAUCCCAAUGCGACGAGCGCAGAGGAAGGCCCUGCUGUCACGACGGUGGGUGGUGAAGCUCUAUGAGCGAGAUGGUGAGGAUAGCGAGCCUUUCAAGGUUGUCGAGACGGACAAGGUUGUGUUCCUCAACGUGAACGUCCGCAGAAGCAGGGGUUUCUCCAUGAAGGGAUUCAGUCCUAUGUACACAGUCUUAAUGUGGGCAGCUCUCAGAGGACAGAUCGAAGGCAUCGUUGGGGCUCCUCCGUCGAAUUCUUGUGUUGAGUUGACGACUAAACAGCUUCUGUUGUGGAUGGCUGCAAAGGAGGGUGCGCGCUUACAUCGCCAGACCUCACCGUACCUCGCGGUUGAGUUUGAUCCGAACGCAAGGUGGUGGACCUCAACUACAUGGCAAGGGUUCCAGCGAGAGUAUCAGAUUCCAGUGACGCAAGUUUUUCCCACGCAGGCGGCGGAGUCUUAUUGCGUUGCUACCAACUUGGAGCUUUGUGGAGGAGAUGAUGUUGGAUGGGGACCAGGCGUUGAAGCUUACAACAAGGCUCCCAAGGGAUGGUCGUUGAGUUUUCAGAGGAUGUUGGCGAAGGGAAUUUUUGCUUGGCGGAAAACACCUGAACCUUUGAUGUUGUGUGCUGCUCGAGGAGGUGACGGGGCUAUGAGUCCCGAAGAACUUCGAAGAUGGAGACGGCACGUGGCCAACGGACAUCUCCCAUACAACCGUCGAUGCAGAACAUGUGUCGAGACAGCAGCUACGGGCCGAAGCCAUCGGAGAGUGAUAGAUCCGAGCUGUUACACAUUAUCGCUGGACCUUUGUGGGCCUUUUCGGGUGAAAGGGGAGACCGCCGAUGCCAAGGGCUACCGCUAUGCUUUAGUUGGGAACUAUACCAUGCCAUUGAUCUCAGGCUACAAGGACUAUCAGCUACCAGAAGAACUACUUGAACAAGAUUUUCGUGGGGAAGGUGAAGGAGCUACUGAGUCCUUGGAUGAUGGAGGAGGAAUUGGGGAAAUGCAUGAAGAAGACCCUCUUGAAGAAGGACAUGAACCUGAAUCUGAAGUUUCGGAUCAAGUAAAGGGAGAGCUUGAUGAUGAAAAUGAGGAAUACAAGAAGCUCUUCAAGGAGAUUCGGGAUACCAUCCAGUACCA